AUCUUCACAAGGGCCACAGACCCAAUGAACCCAGCGAGAGUCGCAUACAUAGUUAAAGCAGUGCAAUAUGGUAAGGAACUCGCACCAGAAGAACGGGAACAGGUCGAAGCCCUCGUCACGCGCUACGCCGACAUAUUCGCAUGCUCCCUGUCAGAAGUCUUCCAUGUACCGGGAGCUCAACAUCGCCUCAACAUACCGGAAGGCACCACCUUCAGCUUACGGGUGCACCAGAGAGCCUUAACACCACCGCAAGCACAGUUCCUACAUGGGAGAAUAGAUGAGAUGGUAGAAGCUGGGAUCAUCGAACGGACGACGCCGGAAGCGGUCAAAUGUUGCGCUACCACAGUUCUCGCGCAAAAAGCCCAC